AUGAAGGGUCUCAGCGAUUCAUGCAGUACUGACAGAAUCAGCGAUCUCCCUGCGGUCUUGGCAGAUCACAUUGUCGCGUUCUUGCCCCUAAAAGACGCAGCGAAAGCGGCUACAUUGUCAACGCAAUGGAGCAAUCCCACGACCAAGGUUGUGCUUGCAAUCCCUGGAUUAAUACCAUGUGACGAGAUCGAUCACUUCAUUCUUUACCUUGCCAACAACAAAGUGCUCCGGGAUUUCACGCUUCGAAUACUCGAUGAAUCAGGGCGGUAUGUUUAUGACCUCAGGAAUUUCCCUUCCUUGUUUGCUGCUAUUGAACUCAGUACCCUGAAACUGCACAGCUGUGAAUUUAGACCACCUCCUGGGUUUGUGGGCUUCAACAAGCUCACCCAUCUCGAACUGAAUAACAUAAUGUUGGACGAGGAUUUCUUCGUUGAUUUUGUUACCAAGUGCCCGCUGCUAGAAGAUUUGAGGAUAAUAGAUUGUUGUGGGUUAGGCGCUCCUCUUGGAAUCGAUGCUCCUCGUCUCAAAGUGCUGUGUUUUCGGGUCAUCUUGCGGAGCAUUUGGUUCAAGUAUACCCCGCUUCUUUCGCUGGUAUCCAUUCUAGACGAAAGAGAUUACUUGUCCAAUAAGUUGUACGAUGAUCAGCAAGACAGUGUUGAUAUAGUCGAUGUAUUUGCUUCCCUCCCUGCACUCCAAGAGCUGAAACUUGGCAUUGAAUUCCUGCAACUACGUCUAGCUAUACUCCUCCCCUACUCGGCAUUGUUUUGUUUCUCUCCAUCUGCUCAAUACUCAUGUAUUUUGGUGCUCUUCUCCACUCUAGUUACUUGCUGCAGUUUGUUGGAAGCAGGGGAACUUACUGGAUCGACCGGUUGUUGCUUUCAGCGUCUUGAGGAGUUGAUCAUUGACGGAAGCCAUGGCUCACAGGUGGAGCUGGACCUGGUGAGGCUUGUGCUAGCCAAUGCCCCACUACUUCGCAGGAUUGUCAUCGAUGGGCUUCACCUUAUUUGA